AUGCCCGUUGACCAUUCUCCCGUCAAAGAAGUGGUUCCAGCGGCCAACGACAUGGAGGAAAGCCAAAGUUCCACCAUCAGAGAAUUUGGCUCCGUUCCAGACGUCACCAAAUUGAACCGUCAACGCACUCACCUGGAGUGGCAGCUUGACCGUCUAGAACAGAUGUUCGUCAAACACAGCACCGACGUUCACUCGCUGAAAACCAUAUUAGACCGAGUGAAGGUGCUUGCUUUGGACUACAAACAAUGGUACGACUCGAUCUUGGACGUUGUGAGCGACGACCAGGCUCAGGAGGCAAUCGAGCGAUAUGGCGUGUUUGACGACAGGGUAUUCGAUGAGCAGAAACCCACGACAGUCCCGGUGCGUGCAAGACUUCCCGAAAUCGUGCUACCACAUUUCGACGGAAAUAUUCGCGACUGGCCUGCCUUCCGUGACGCGUUUCAAUCACUGAUACAUUCGUCAGAACAGCUGACCGAAUGUGACAAGCUGCAUUACCUUGCUGCGUCGCUGACGAAGGACGCACGCGCGGUGAUCGACGCAUUGGAAAUUACAUCCAAAAACUACGACGUAGCCUGGAAGCUGUUGUCCGAGCGCUACGAGAACAAGUACGUCAUCGUGAAAACCACCGUUGAGGCGUUAUUCAACAUAUCGCCACUGAAGAGAGAAUGUGCAGAUUCUCUAAGCCGACUCGUCGACGACUUCGAGCGUAACCUACGAAUGCUCGAAAAAGAAGGCGAGAAACCAGAUGCACCAUCCAUGCUGCGACCAGUGCUGUGUAUAGUGUUGCGUACAACGAAAAAUAGAAAGCAACUAGUGCAGUCGAAAGGAUUGUGCUUCAACUGCCUUUCUCCAGCUCAUCGUUUACGACAGUGCACAUCUAGCGGAUGCAAGAUCUGCCAACAACGGCAUCAUACAUUGCUGCAAGAAGCAGCGCCAGCAACUGAGGCGUCGGAUGCUCCAUCCACGAGUUCUACCUGUCCUCCUCAGUCCCUUACCCACUGUUCCAUCCAGAUCGAAAACAGUGUUGUGUUGCUGCAAACCGUGCUGGUCCAGGUAGAGGACAAUCACGGACGAUGUCAUCUAGCACGUGCCUUGCUGGAUUCCGGAGCACAACUCAACAUCGUUACCGAGCGCCUUACUCAACGGCUGGGUGUGGCGAAACGGCGAGAGAAUCAUCGCAUCGGAGGAAUCGGAGAAGUUUCCGUGACGUCACAACAUUCGGCUGUGUUAAGGAUCCAUUCUUUAGACAGCGAAUACACAGCGUCCGGAAAGUUCCACGUACUCAGCAAGCUCACUCGUGAGCUCCCAUCAAGCCGUAUCAACACAAGCAGCUGGCAGAUACCUCGUCAAGUUCAGCUGGCCGAUCCUUCGUUUCACAGUCCUGGCCCGAUCGACCUCAUCAUCGGAGCAGAGCUGUACUACGACGUCGUUAAGGAGGGACUCAUCAAGCUAGCCCACGAAAGAGUGACACUCCAUAACACUGCUUUUGGUUGGGUGAUAGCAGGUAGAGUCAAUCUUCAUGCACCACCACCACCUUCAUCCAUCGUUGGACACGUCUGCAGUACGAGCAUCGAAGAGCAGCUGAACAAAUUCGGGGAGCUGGAGUCAUGCCGAGCCACCAGUACAUUAUCCGUCGAGGAGAGCAACUGUGAGAAACAGUUCGCAGCCACCACCACCAGAGACACCGACAGUCGAUUCAUCGUGCAGCUACCGAAACGAGAGGAGAAGCUGGCUCUUCUUGGGGAUUCGAAAGCGAUAGCCACACGCCGGUUCCUUGCCUUGGAACGUCGGCUAUCCUCGAAUGCCUCAUUGAAGACAGCUUACACACAAUUCAUCGAGGAGUAUGCAGAGCUUCAGCACAUGACAGAAGUACCCGAGAGCGAUGCUACAACUUCAUCACCAUCAUACUAUCUCCCACAUCACUGCAUCGUGCGACCAGAUAGUACCACCACUAAACUCCGAGUGGUUUUCGACGCUUCGUGUGCAUCAGACACCGGAACAUCUUUAAACGAUGCACUGAUGAUCGGACCCACUAUCCAAGACGACCUGAUGUCCAUUCUAUUGCGGUUUAGAAUGUCGAAAUUUGCCCUGGUAGCAGACAUCGAGAAGAUGUACCGGCAAAUCAACAUAGCUUCCAUCGAUCGUCCGCUGCAACGAAUCCUGUGGCGAAAUUCUCCAACCGAGCCGAUACGAACGUUCCAGCUCAACACCGUCACCUACGGCACAUCAUGUGCUCCGUAUUUGGCCACCAAAACCCUGCAAGUGCUAUCUCAGGUCAGAGCUAGCACCCAUCCCGAAGCGGCAACCAUCCUCGGACGAGACUUCUACAUGGACGACAUGCUGAGCGGCGUAAACAGCAUUCCCGAGGGUCAACGAGUAUGUCAGCAACUCAUCGAUCUCCUGGCUUCUGCUGGAUUCUGCUUGCGGAAAUGGGCCACCAACAACAGGCAGAUCUUCGAACAUCUGCCCCAGCAUCUGCAAGAUGAAAGGACGAUUCUCAACUUGGAUGCGAAGUCACCGAUCAUCAAGACACUCGGACUGAAGUGGAACGUUUCCACCGACGCUUUUGUGUUCAACAUCCCACGCUGGAACGCAGACAACAUCAUCACCAAACGAAACGCGCUUUCGGAUGUCGCGAAACUGUUCGACCCAAUCGGACUGGUUGGACCAGUUAUCAUCCAAGCCAAGCUGUUCCUUCAAGAGCUGUGGAGAUGUCAAAUCGCCUGGGACGAGCCGUUGACACCAGCACUACAAAACCGAUGGCUCCUGUUUCGCGAGAAGUUGGCCAUGCUGCAAACGAUCCACAUUCCACGCUGGCUCUUAUCCGAUCAACGAGCAACGAAUCUACAAAUGCAUUGCUUUUGUGAUGCAUCCGAGAAGGCGUACGGAGCGGCGAUUUACCUGCGUUCGACCAACACCGAUGGACGUGUGACAACCAACCUCAUCACUGCAAAAUCCAAGGUGGCACCACUAGCAGACUCCCCACUGCUACUGGCACACUCGUACGAGAAGGUGUCAGACGCCUUGAAGCUUCAGGCCGAGACCAUGUUUUGGUCUGACUCAACCAUCGUCCUGCAUUGGUUGUCAGCAACUCCGUCACGCUGGAAAACCUUCAUCGCUAACCGGGUGUCCGGGAUCCAACACAUCACUCACGGCAAGGAGUGGAGACACGUACCCGGAACGGACAAUCCUGCGGACAUCAUCUCCAGAGGAAUGGAUGCGGAUCAGCUGGAAACUUCAACCUUUUGGUGGCACGGACCAGACUGGCUGGCGCAACCAUCAGAGGAAUGGCCGAACACUCAUCAACCUCUACAGGCAGAAUUCACCACGGACGAAUUGGAGGAGCGACCAAUCUGCAUGGCUGCACAAUCCGUGGCUCCGAACGAACUUUUUAGCCUCCGUUCAACGUUCACCGGACUGCAACGUCUGGUUGCGUGGCUAAGAAGAUUCCGACACAACACAAAUCCUGCUAAUCAUCAACAACGCAGAUUGGAUCAUCAUCUCAGCUUAGAGGAACUAGCCGAAUCUACACUAUGUCUAGUUCGCCUCGCUCAAGCUGAAUCAUUCCCAGAAGACAUCAAGCAUCUAUCGAAAGGCGAUGCGGUCGGCAACAACUCACCUUUAAAACUACUAGCACCGUUUCUACAAGAUGGCCUGCUAUGA